UGACCCCAAAUCGAGACCGCAACUCCAACACAAUACCCAGUCCAAGACGGUCCACUCACUCACUCACUCACUCCCUCACUCACCGUCUUUCUUUGCCCCGUUUCAACAUUGCAUUUAUUGGCUUCAUCGAAGAAAGUAGCACGGACAUCAUUUAGUCGUCAGCAUGCGAGCCAUUCAAGUAAAAGAAUAUGUCAAGGGACCUCAGGAUCUCCAAGUCGCAACCCUUCCCACGCCUUCCCCAUCCGCAACGGACUACCUGAUUGAGAUCCACUCCGCAGGCACAAACUUCUUCGACCUGCUUCAAAUCCAGGGCAAAUACCAACACCAGCCUCCACUACCCUGGAUUGGGGGCGCAGAGUUCGCAGGUACCAUCCUAGCCGUGCCCACCAAAGCGCAGUCCCCACGAUUCAACGUCGGGGACCGAGUCUUUGGCGCCACACAAGGAGCCUACGCUACCCACAUCCUUGCUCCAGAGCACACUCUCCUCCCUGUGCCGGCAGGCUGGAGCUUUGAGGAUGCAGCGGGCCUCUUCGUCACGGCUCCUACUUCAUACGGUGGUCUUGUGCACCGCGCAAAUGUCCAGCCGGGCGAUUGGGUCCUCGUGCAUGCGGCGGCCGGUGGCGUCGGGUUAGCCGCGGUGCAAAUUGCCAAGGCUAAGGGGGCGACGGUGAUUGCGACGGCCGGGACGGAGCGUAAGCGACAGAUUGCGCGCCAAUUCGGGGCGGAUCAUGUCAUUGAUUAUGGGGAGAAGAGCUGGCCGGAGGAGGUGAAGCGGUUGUGUGCACAAUAUCGCACGGGGAAUGGGAAGGCCGGGGUGGACAUCGUAUAUGAUCCGGUCGGGAUGAUCGAAGCGAGUCUGAAGUGUGUGGCGUGGAAUGCGCGCCUUCUGGUUAUUGGCUUUGCAGCGGGAAAGAUCGAGAAGGUUGCGCUGAAUCGUGUGUUGCUGAAGAAUGUCAGUCUGGUUGGAUUGCAUUGGGGACAGUAUGCACGAUUUGAGAAGGAGACGGUACAGACAGUCUGGAAGGGGAUCUUUGAUCUUGUGGCGCAGGGCAAGUUCAAGGGCACGGCUUUCAAAGAUGAGAGCUUUGUAGGAUUGGAGAGUGUGCCUCGCGCUCUGCAGGCGCUGGGCGGCCGGGAGACAUGGGGGAAGGUGGUGGUGAAGAUUAUCGAUGAUGAUGCUAUUGCCGGGAAGAGUAAACUAUAGAGUAGAUAUUAAUCCUCUGAAGUACGCAUUAGGUGGUGAUACAGGUUACAUAAAGGAUUGAUAAUGCUUCUAAUUCAGC